GUCGUCGGUGGUUGGUCUAUCGAGCCCAAAAUCCAGCAAUCCAAAUCUAAAAAAACUUAAAACUCUUAUUUUACAACAAUGUCCGUAGGUUUUAAAUUUUAAAUAAUGAAAGCGUGACAAUUGUAAAAUGCGAAUAAAACCCUAUGUACCCAUUUGCCUGUUGGGAUAUGCCUUUGUUUGCCUAACCAUCGGGCCAAAAGUCGUCAUGAUCAUUAGUAACGAAGAAGUGGUAUAUCCUCCGGUUCUGCUUUUCCCCAUUAUUACGUGUCUUCUUAUAAUAAUAUCUACUUACAUUUGAGUUAUUCUUUAAUUUUUCUUAUCCAUAUUAAUAAUAUAACUAUAGCUUCUCUGCGAAUAUUCGGAGCCCAACUCCUCUCUCUUCACGCAUUUUUCGUUGUCAAAAAGAAAGUUCUCUCCUUUUAUAAAAACCCAUCUCCUCCUCCUCGCUAUCUUAUUCAAACUUCUCUGAGAAAAUUCGAGUUAACUAUUUGUUUUAUACAUUCUUAUAUGGGUUUCUCUAGAGCUAAACGUGUCACUGAUCCACUCGCCGACGAGGUUAGGGCUCGUCUCGUUGGAUGCAGCUUUAGCAGCGGCAGCGAACAUACCGGCGACGGAAUCGAAGACUACGAAGACGACGACUCACCUUGUCUCUCCGAUCUCGUACAAGGCUUCUUGGAGGAUGAAGUUGAGACCGUUGUUGAUGAGUCACGGUGGUGUGAUCAAGACUCCGGUUCCGACUCGGAUUCUGACUCGGAACUAGUCGAGCUCCCUGACUUUGCCGACGAUAUUGCCAAACUUCUGAGGAACUCUCUCAGGGAAGAUUCAUACGGACGAACGGUGCUGGUACACGUGGCGAGAGCGAUGGAAGUGUUGUCGUCUCUUGAAUCUCAGCACGAACAACGUGCCGUUUUCCAGCGUAAGGUCAUGUCUUUUCUUAGAGAACUCGGCCACAAUGCGGCCAUCUGCAAAACUAAAUGGAGAUCCUCCGGCGGACUCACCGCCGGAAACCACGAGUUCAUCGACGUCAUGUAUACACCUUCCGCCUCGUCUCAGCCCGUCCGUUACAUCGUCGAUUUAGAUUUCGCGUCGCGGUUUCAAAUCGCGAGGCCAACUUCACAGUACGCGCGUGUGCUUCAAUCGCUUCCGGCGGUUUUCGUUGGAAGAGGGGACGAUCUGAAGCGGAUCUUGCGGCUCGUAUGUGACGCUGCGAGGAUUUCUCUUAGAAACCGCGGCCUCACGCUACCGCCGUGGAGGAAGAAUCGUUAUAUGCAGACGCGGUGGCUUGGUCCUUACAAACGCACCACCAACUUAACGCCGUCAUCUACCGCCGUUAACACCGUCAUAUGUCGUGCCAUCGGUUUCGAUAAUGCCGUCGGUGGCCGUCUAUUUGUGCGAACACGAUAAAACCAGACCAAAAAGGCCACGUGUCAUUUUUAACUUGGAUUUUUUCAAAAUACAUUCUAGAGAAUAAUAGUAUAAUUCAUUAUUUAGAAAUUCUCGUUUGAAAUUAUAUAAAAAAAUGUGAUUCAAAAACAAACAAAUUAAAGCCAAGAAAAAUCCAGAUUUUACGAUGAAGAAACAAUUCUAUGCGGAAAAUGAACAUCGUCCAGGAAACACACAAGGUUCAGAGAAAUCAUCGAUUGCGACAGGAAUACAGAUAAGGAUUUAAUUUACAGCUGUUAGAUCUGAUCCAAUAGUGAGAUCCAAUAGUGAGAAACUUGAAUAGAUAGAUCAAAUGGACUUGAGAUUUUGAUGUA